ACACACAAGCAGCAGUGCAUAGUAUGGUGUGUGUGUGUGUGGCAAAGAGAGUGAGAGGAGGAUAAGAUUUGUGUGUUAACGUUCACACAAAAAACACAUCAUCCCAUCAGAGAUAGCUAGCUAGCAAUGGCCUCACCAUCACUCCUCAAGUCAUCUCCCGUCCUUGACAAGUCUGAGUUUGUUAAGGGGCAGACCCUUCUCCGCCAGCCUAGUUCCAUUUCCGCCCGCGGCACCCCUAACACCGCCCCCUCUUCUCUCUUUAUCCGCGCCUCCUCCUAUGCUGAUGAGCUCGUCAAGACGGCGAAAACUAUUGCAUCACCAGGACGUGGAAUCCUUGCCAUGGAUGAAUCAAAUGCCACCUGUGGAAAGCGUCUGGCCUCCAUUGGGCUCGAGAACACUGAGGCCAACCGCCAAGCCUACCGGACCCUCCUCGUGACUGCCCCGGGCCUCGGCCAAUACAUCUCCGGAGCCAUCCUUUUCGAGGAGACCCUUUACCAAUCCACCAUCGAUGGCAAGAAGAUGGUUGAUGUCCUUGUUGAGCAGAACAUUGUCCCCGGUAUCAAAGUCGACAAGGGUUUGGUUCCCCUUGCUGGUUCGAACGAUGAGUCCUGGUGCCAAGGGCUCGAUGGCCUUGCUUCCCGCUCUGCUGCUUACUACCAACAGGGUGCCCGUUUUGCUAAAUGGCGUACUGUUGUGAGCAUUCCCAACGGCCCUUCUGCCUUGGCCGUGAAGGAGGCUGCCUGGGGCCUGGCUCGUUAUGCUGCCAUUUCUCAGGACAAUGGACUGGUCCCAAUUGUUGAGCCAGAAAUCUUGCUGGAUGGUGAACAUGGCAUUGAUAGGACUUUUGAGGUUGCCCAGAAAGUGUGGGCUGAGGUUUUCUUCUACUUGGCUGAGAACAACGUGAUGUUUGAGGGUAUUCUCCUCAAGCCUAGCAUGGUCACUCCUGGUGCUGAGUGCAAGGACAAGGCCACCCCCGAGCAGGUUGCUGACUACACUCUCAAGCUCCUCCGCAGGAGAAUUCCCCCAGCUGUCCCUGGAAUCAUGUUCUUGUCUGGUGGGCAAUCUGAGGUCGAAGCCACGCUGAACUUGAAUGCCAUGAACCAAGCUCCCAACCCGUGGCACGUCUCAUUCUCCUACGCCAGGGCACUCCAGAACACCUGCCUCAAGACAUGGGGAGGGCUGCCAGAGAAUGUAAAGGCAGCUCAAGAGACUUUGCUCGUCCGGGCCAAGGCCAACUCUCUGGCCCAGCUUGGCAAAUACACCGCUGAGGGAGAGUCUGAGGAAGCCAAGAAGGGAAUGUUUGUCAAGGGCUACAGCUACUAAAAGCUUAUUGCUUUGCACUGCCAAAGGGAAAUGUCUACAGAUGAAGCAUAAAAAGAUGUGUUGUCAUUCAUGCUUAUAGCAAUUGAGACUAUUUUUGUUGAUUAAAUGUACUUUAUUAACUGCUUAAUAAACCUGAUGCUGAUGAGAACUAGUUAGUAUGUUGUGCCAGAAGCAUGAUAUAUAAAUUUUUCCAGAGUCGUGUUUAA